AUGAAGACUGCUACGCUUUUCUCAGCGCUUAUCCCCAGUGCCCUUGGAAGCACAAUCUACUUUGCCGGUGAUUCUACCAUGGCGAAGGGCGGAGGUGGCACUGGCACAAAUGGGUGGGCUGAAUACGUAUCAACGUAUACCACAUGGACAAUCUCCAAUCAAGCAAUUGCAGGCCGCAGCGCACGUUCAUAUACUCGCGACGGCCGGUUCACGACCAUCGCCAACGAAAUCCAAGCCGGGGACUGGGUAGUCAUCGAAUUCGGUCACAACGACGGCGGAUCCUUGACACCGACAGAUAACGGACGCACUGAUUGUUCCGGGACAGGCGAUGAGACCUGCACUACGGUGUACGAUGGGGUAACCGAAACAGUCCUGACGUUCCCCGCGUACUUGGAGAAUGCAGCGAACACGUUCACGGCGCUUGGAGCGAAUGUGUUGAUUUCUAGUCAGACACCUGAUAACCCGUGGGAGACUGGGUCAUUUGUUUAUUCACCGUCGCGGUUUGUAGGGUAUGCAGAGUUGGCGGCGGAGACGGCGGGCGUGGCGUAUGUUGAUCACGGGGCUUAUGUUGCGAGUAUCUUUGAUUCUCUUGGAGACGAUGUUGUUAAUGGGUAUUAUCCUCUUGAUCAUACCCAUACUAGUCCUGCAGGAGCGCUGGUGGUUGCUGAGGCCUUUUUCAAGGCUGUGGUCUGUGGAGGUGUUGCGCUGGAGAGUGCAUUGAACACUACUGUUUUCCCAGGCGAUUGUCUGUAG